AUGCUGUCCAUCCCAAGUUAUUAUCCGAAGCAAAUCAGCUUCCCAAAAGGCCAAGGAGUAUUCCCAGUGAAUACUAUCUACUCCAAAAGCUUCUUUAAACCAAAAUCAAAGGCAGAGACCAAAGUAAUUGCAGCCAAGAAACACAGUGACUCAGAGAGAAGACGAAGGAUGCGAAUCAAUGGUCAAUAUGCCACUCUUCGUACCGUCCUCCCAAACUUGAUCAAAAUGGACAAGGCAUCUGUGCUUGCAGAGACGGUCCGGCAAGUAAGGGAGCUGAAGAGGGCGGUGGCAGAAGUGGAAGCAGCAUGUCGCCACGGUGACAGUGAUGAAUGUGUUUUACCAGGUGGGGUUGACAAGUUGAGUUUGGAACAGUGUGAUGGAGAGCAAGAAGGGCUUGUGAAGGCCACAUUGAGCUGUGACGACAGGCCGGGGCUGAUAUCGGACAUGACAAGGGCACUGAGCUCUGUGAAAGGGAGGGUGGUGAGGGCUGAGAUGGUGAUAGUUGGUGGAAGGAGUAAAAAUGUGUUGUGGAUUCAAGGGUUGGGUGAUGGAAAAGAAGGGAUGGUGGCGCUACGGAGGGCAUUGAAGGUGGUUAUUGACAGGCCUAUUUUUGCAGGGCUUAGUAAGAGGUUUCAUCUUCCUCAGUGA